UUGGAGGGAAAAUCACUGGCGGAAUGAAUUUUGAAACUAAUCGAACUUUCGGUUUGGUGGAGAGUGCUUGACUAGGAUAUGCCGCAUUCCUUACAUCCAAGAAGGAAUGAAGAAAAGGAAAAAGCGCAUGAAUGCUUAUUGCAUAUGGGUUUUGGUGGUAGCCGUGCUUGUUAUCUUUUAUUUAUCGGUUUUUACUGAAGUAUCAUAUCAUUUGCACAUACAUAAAAGAAACACUAAUUUAUUCGAGCAAUUUGUGGCAUUAACAAAUGGGGAGAGGAAUAGAAGUGACAAUGAACAUCGCUCGCAACACUGUCAGGUCUUACAUUUGGCAUUGGUGGUGUGUGGAGCCGUUCAGUUGAGCUAUCCUUUAUCGACGCUUAUCAAAAGUAUCCUCCGUUAUCGUCAGCAGGCCAUCGUUUUGCAUUUACUUGUGGAUGACAUUACCAUGAGCAUUAUAUCGUUACUGUUUAGCACAUGGCGAUUACCAGCCGUAAAAGUGACAUUUUAUAAUGCCUCGCAGUAUUUGGAUCGCUUUUCGUGGAUUCCGAAUCGACAUUAUUCUGGCAGAUAUGGUCUUCUGAAGCUUAUUUUAAACGACAUUUUGCCUGCCGAUGUCGAUAAGGUAAUCGCACUUGAUACGGAUGUAUUGAUAAUGGGUGACAUUGCCCAGCUAUGGUCGUUUUUUUCGAAGAUGGCAAAUUUACAAGCUAUUGGCUUAGUUGAAAAUUUGUCUGAUUGGUACUUAUUCAAUAGAAGUACACCCCAAAGAACGGUUUGGCCAGCAUGGGGACGUGGCUUUAAUAGUGGCGUGAUGUUACUGGAUUUAGCAAAGCUAAGGAACAUGAGCUGGUCACAUAUUUGGGAAGAAAGUGCUUCAAAAAAUGUUAAAGAAUAUGGUCCAGUUGAACUAGCGGAUCAGGAUGUAAUCAACGCUGUUAUAAACGAUCAUCGCUGGAUUGUACAGAAACUUCCUUGUGAGUGGAACUUUCAGUUGGGAUUCCAGUCACAACAGAACUUAUGCGCUGUGGAAAUUUCUCACUUGAAGCUGGUUCACUGGAAUUCACCUUUAAAAACGCGAAUAGUGAAUCGUUAUGCAGUACUCCUUCGUCGAUAUUACGACAGCGUGAGGGAUAUAGAUGGCAGUAUGUUUCGGUCUAACACAAUCCAUUGCCGUUAUGGUUCUCAACGAGAACAUUCAACACUUGACAAAGUAUCUGAAUAUGAUGACAACGACGAUGGAUGCAGCGAGAUACGACAUGCUCGAUGGAUCACAUAUCGAACAUUAUUGUACGUACGUCCCUACAAUUUCACUGCUGCUCCGAAGAAUGUUGUGUUGAUAACGCAAUUCAGCGUAGAUCGUUUGAUGCAUUUUAAUGCGCUACUGCAAUAUUGGACCGGACCUGUAUCAGCUGCUGUUUAUGUUACCGAUUCUGAACUUUCAUUGCUAAUUCAGUUCUUUGAUGAUACUCUUGUUAAUCGAACUAAUGUUGCAUUACAUGCUGUUUACAAAGAAGGCACAUAUUACCCUAUCAACUAUCUUCGAAAUGUUGCAUUAAAUAACAGCAACGAUGCGUCAUUUGUUUUUUUGGCUGACGUUGAUUUCACACCAGCUCCAGGACUGUAUACGAUGUUAUAUAAAAAGUUGGUUAAGACCGACUCAACAAACAAAAGAGCAUUUGUUGUGCCAGCCUUUGAAUAUACGGGUAAUCGAGUUCCAGCUGUUCCACUUACCAAGAAUGAAUUAUUAAGAGAACUAGAUGCUCGACGCAUGCAGAUUUUUCGGCGAAGUGUAUGGAUUCAGGGUCAUGCUGCUACCGAUUAUGAUCGUUGGAGACAUGCUGACCAAGAGUACUCGGUUUCAUGGAAGGCUGAUUAUGAACCAUAUGUUGUGGUGAGGCGUAGCGGAUUACCGCCUUACGAUCAACGGUUUGUUGGUUUUGGCUGGAACAAAGUGUCCCAUGUGAUGUUACUCAAUGCUGCCGGUUACGAAUUUACUGUAUUACCGGAUGCGUUCGUUGUCCAUCAGCCACAUCAUCCCUCAUUCGAAAUGGUACGCUACCGUUCGCUGGCGACAUAUCGUAAAUGCUUAAAGGCUUUAAAGGGUGAAUUUGUGCGCGAUUUAAUUCGUGAGCAAAGAAAGAAUUGGAUAUCCAAUUUUUCUGGAGAUCCAUUGAACGAUUAUUCUGUUCUUACGAUCGCUUGACAUCAGUGAGUAGUAUUUUAGAUCUCUGUUUUGCUGUCUACUGUUUCGCCAUCACUCCAUAAGAAUGCUCAUUUUCGAUGUUCUUCAUAUCAAUCACAUCACCAUCUUGUCAUAUUUCAUCUCUUAGUUUUCCAUUUCCUUCACAUGAUUUCUCAUUAUUCGG